AUGUCAAAGCUGUACAAGGCCCAGACGCAGCAGGGCCACUCGCGUGGCUUCUACGAGUACAUCCGCAGCGUGGGCGAGUCCAAGUCGAAGCAGGAGGAGGAUGAGAUCGUCUUGCGCGACCUCGUUGACCUCAAGAAGGCCCUCACGGCAAAGAUCAUCGACAAGCGGUUGUUAAAGGAAUAUGUCGUGCGCAUCUUCUACGCGGAGAUGCUGGGCCUCUCCGCGGAGUUCGCCCACAUUCAUUGCGUGAAUCUCUCUUCGAGCACGGACCUUCUCUUCAAGCGUACUGGCUACCUCGGCACGUGGCUCACUGUCAACCCCGAGCACGACCUCAUGUACCUCAUCGUGUCGAACCUGCAGCGCGACAUGAAGUCGAGCAGCUUCCUCGAUGUCGCCGCGGCGCUUACAGCAGCGGCGAAGAUGGUGCGGCACGAGCUGAUGAGCGCCAUCAAUGCGGAGGUGGUGGGCCUACUGGGCCAUGCCAACGCACUGGUGCGCAAGAAGGUGGUGCAGGCGAUGCACGCCUUCUACCGCAAAUCGGACGGCGUCAUUGGCGACCAGAAACUCUUCCGCCAGGCGCUGUGCGACCGCGACCCCGCCGUGAUGGGGGCGGCGCUGCGGCUCUUCGCCGAUGUCGUCCGCGCCGACGCGGCANCGCAGCGCGACCUCAUCCCGACAUUCACGUCGAUUCUCAAGCAGAUCACGGAGCACCGCCUGCCGCGCGACUACGACUACCACCGCAUCCCCGCCCCCUGGUUCCAAAUGAAGAUACUGCAGAUUCUCGCCAUGCUCGUCGGUGACGACCCGUUACUCGCGCAGAAGUGCGAGGAGGCAUUGACGGAGGUCAUCAAGCGGGCCGAAAACGGUCUCAACAUUGGGUACGCCGUGACGUGCGAGGCCAUCAGCGUCAUCACGCGCAUUCCAACCAUUCCGUCCCUGGUGGAACUGGCCGCGGAGGCCAUCGCAAAUUUUCUUUCAGGAAAGAACGCAAACCUGCGUUAUGCUGGGAUCGAGGCCCUGGCACAGAUUGUGCGUGUUGACCCCAAAUACGCCCGGGAACACCAGCAGGUUGUGAUGACUUGCCUAGAGGAUGCCGACGACACAAUACGGCGUAAAACAAUGAUGCUCCUCCUCGCCAUGUGCAAUGAGGACAACGUUGACGCGAUUGUGACGCGACUGAUUAAAUCUCUUUCUCAUUCAACAGACCGCUAUAUGCGGCAAGAUCUCACACGGCGCAUUUGCGAUGCGGCAGAGCGGUUCAGCCCUGGGGCGGUGUGGUACAUUGAAUCCAUGAACAAAGUUCUACUCUGCGCCGCGGAACACGUUCCGCAGCCCACUAUUCAAGGAAUGCUGAAGCUCAUCGCAGAGGGAGAGGGUGUAGACGAGGCGGGAGACGCGGCCUUUCGUACGUACUGCGUGGAGACAUACUUUGACCUCGUUGAGAGCACACGUAAAAAUCUACCCGAAGCAUUUUCUCGCGUUGCGGCUUGGGUAAUGGGCGAGUACGGUUUUCUGACAAAGCGGAUUAGCCGCACAAUGCUGCUGGACCGUCUGUGCGACAUGCUGGAGCGGGCGGAGAACGUUUCAACGCGGGGGUGUAUUAUCAUGGCCAUGAUGAAGAUUGUUGCCCACGCCGGUUCGAUGCCAGACAACGUUGAAGAGCUCAUUGAACGCUUCAAGGACAGCCGCAGCGUCGGCUUGCAGCAGCGCUGCUACGAGUUCAUGGAGCUGGUGAAGAUGCCUGUGUUAAUGAAAAAAGUGCUUCCGCUGGACGGCUGCUGUGAGCAGGUGGAGGUAGACGAGGGGAUGGAAUUCCUGAACGAAACUGUGCAGGAAGCGCUUCUGGUGGGAGCCAAGCCGUACGAGAAGCGAACAGUACGCCUCGGCAUGAAGGAGGAGGAGGAGACGCUACGUACCGAUGCGUACAAGGUGCAGCGUGCAGAUAUUGUCGAUGAGAGUGAGCUCGACCCCGAGAGGUUCAAGACGGAUGAACCGCAUCAACUCUUCAUCCGCCCCAGUGCCAGACGGUGGGGUGUGAAGAACCUCGAGGAGGAAGCAGCAGCGGCAACAACAACAACAACAACAACAACAACAGAAGCAGGAAUGAAGGAGCUCACCAUCUCACCGGACUCCGGACCGGCUCCGACAGGUGGGGUGGAGUACUUUCCCGACGGCACAGUGCUGCAUCACGUGGACCCGUCGUCGCCAAUGCCGCGGGAGAACGUGAAGCCCAGCAAGAACGAGAGGUUUCUCAACGAUAUUUUUGGCGGGACAACAAAGAAGAAGGCCACCACGCGCUCUCGCGGCGAGGCAGCCGAAAUAUUCCCGAACGGCGGCAAGACACCUGAAGUGAGUGGUGGUCCUUCCCUCAGCAUCCACAUAGCGCACGUGAUGGAGGAGGCGGCGAUGGGUAUCACAGUGCAGGUUGUGGCAAAAACGGCGGUGGGAAGUGUCGUUAUCGACACUAAAGCCCCUGCAAACUGCACACUUCGCACUGUCUCAUGCUCCGCGCCAGUGGCCAGCGUGAACGGCAGCACAACAACGCUGGCGACGCUACAUGCCAACCAGUCGAUCACGAUAAAUAUGCAACUCCUUCCAGUUGCAUUCCCCGGUGAGGGCAGUGUGCAGGUGGAUGUGGCGUAUCGUAGCGCUUUACCUGGUGACCCGCAGCACGUUGUUUCGACCAUGGCACUGCGACCGAGUUUCAUUCUACGACCGGCCACACAGAUGACGACGCAGCAGUUCGGGCAGGCCUGGGUGAACCUGAGCGGCGAGUGCAAAGUGCAGCUGACGUCCGCCACAGCGUUGACGCCAGACUCGCUUCAACGGCUGCUGAUGGAUCGAGCUUCGCUCUGUGUGGUGGAAGUGAUUCGCAGCGAAGUUAUCGCGGCGGCCGUGCUACUGGGCACUGGGCAGCUGUUGUUAUGUCACGUUGCUGUUGUCAGCGCCAGCACAGCCAACGUGACGGUGCGGGCGCAAGACUAUUCUUUCGCUGCGCACGUGGCGCGUAUCAUGGCCGCUCAGUGA